AUGAACUUUGGAACAUGGAAAAUACGAACUUUGUCAGAUAACACAGACAGUGAGCAUCCUGAGCGCAGAACUGCCAUCAUUGCAAGAGAGCUGCGACGUUUUAAUAUUGAUAUUGCAGCGCUUCAAGAGACUCAAAGAGCAGGCAAGGAACAACUGAAGGAAGAAAAAGGAGGCUACACAUUCUUCUGGAAAGGUCUAUCUGAACAAGAACAUCAAAUACACGGGGCAGGCUUCCCUAUCAAAAACGACCUUGUGAAGCUCCUGUCAGAAGUCCCUACUGGCAUUAAUGAGCGACUCUCAACCCUUCGAAUAAAGCUCACCCAAAACCAGCAGGCUACUAUUAUAAGUGCUUAUGCACCAACACUGGAUGCCAAUGAAGACAUUAAAGAAAAAUUUUACUCUCAGCUGGAUACCGUCCUAUCAGAGACACCUAAGGAAGAUAAAAUUAUCCUCCUGGGUGAUUUUAAUGCAAGAGUUGGGUGAGAUUUCGAUCUGUGGCCUGGGACUACUGGAAAAGAAGGAGUUGGCAGCAGCAACCAGAACAAAAUCUUACUUUUGACGAUAUGUGCAGAGCACACCCUUGUUAUUACCAACACACUCUUUCAACAGAAAAAUAAAUUAAAAACUUCAUGGAGGCAUCCUCAGUGAAACCGCUGGCACCUCUUAGACUAUGUCAUUGUCCGUGCUAAAGAUCGCCAUGAUGUGCUCCUUACCAGAGUUAUGACGAGCCUGACGACUGCUGGACAGAUCACUGACUAA